AUGGGCAAUGAACUUGGAAGACUUGACAAAGUUAAAACCUCAUCAAUGCUGAGGCAAUCAAUUAGUCGCAUAAAUAUCCACAGAGGCAAGAGAUUAAAUGGAAUUGCCAAGAAAAAGGAUGAUAUUUGCAAGCAUCUCGAAAGCUCAAAUGAGACUAAUGCUAAAAUAUGGUGCGAGACAUUGAUAAAUGAUGAAGCAAUGAUUCCAGUUUAUGAUGUCAUUUCUAUCAUGUGUGAUCAACUGAAUGGAAGGUUAUCCACCAUUGAGAAGUUUGGACCACCAAAAGAUAUGGACUAAAACUUUCAUACUUUGAUUCAUGCUGGAGCCAAGCUAGACGUCGAUGAAUUGGUAGGAGUAAGACACCAAUUGAGCAAAUUACUCGGAAAGCAAUUCGUUAUUCAAAGCGAUACAGAUAUGACAUGCAUCAAUAAAGUGGUUGCAGAUAAUAUUGAUAUAAAGAUACCUGAACAAGGGCUUAUUGUACUAAGACUUGUGCAAUUAGCAAAGGAGAGAAAUAUUGACUACAAACCUUCUCACGAAUCUCAGAUUCUGCUCUAAGACUAUUGCUUGAGAAAGAAUCUUGCAAAUCCAUUAGAGGGUUCAGGAAAAGCAGUUGUUCAAAAUCUAAAUGAAUUGCCAGUAUACAACCCACCUCCUAUCAAUAAUAUGAUUGACCCAUCCAUGCACAAUUAGCAACCUCCUCCAUUUUUCUAACCACCUGCUGGAGGAAAUGGAAUAGGUUUCUAAUAACCCCCUCAACCAUUUAACUACUAGUCAUUCCAACCACCCCCUAAUUAGUAUCCUCCAAUGAACCAGCCACCACAGAAUUUCAACGCAGGAAUGUUCCCACCACCAAACAUUGGCUUGAAUAUUCAACCUAUUAACUAUGACAUGCCUCCACCUUAGAAUAACACUUAACCAAACUUCUCCAUUCCAGAUAACAACAACCCAAUGGGAGGGUAAAGUCAACCUGAUAUGGAGAGAUCUUAGAGCAGCACAAUGGAUGAUAUAGAAGCUAGACUUAACGCUUUAAAGAGACUAUGA